GACUGCAGAGGGCAUCAUGGCUGUGGAUGUUGCAGAAUACCACCUAAGUGUCAUCAAAAGUCCCCCUGGCUGGGAAGUGGGUGUCUACGCUGCAGGGGCCCUGGCACUGCUGGGAAUCGCAGCUGUGAGCCUGUGGAAGCUCUGGACGUCAGGGAGCUUUCCCAGCCCAUCCCCAUUCCCAAAUUACGACUACAGGUACCUUCAGCAGAAGUACGGCGAGACCUCUGCAGAGGCCAGGCAGAAGAGAGUGUCUGUUUGGAAUGCCCAGCAGGCCAGCACUCGGAGGCCACCCAGCCGCAAAGGCAGCCUCAGCAUCGAGGACAACUUUGAGAGCAUCAGCGAGCUGGGGCCCCUGGAGCUGAUGGGCCGCGAGCUAGACCUGGCCCCCUAUGGGACCCUCCGGAAGUCCCAGUCUGCCGACUCCCUGAACUCCAUCUCCUCUGUGAGCAACACCUUUGGGCAGGACUUCACACUGGGCCAGGUGGAAGUGAGCAUGGACUACGAUGCUGCCUCCCACACCCUCCACGUGGCUGUGCUGCAGGGCAGGGACCUCCUGGAGCGGGAGGAAGCCAGCUUCGAGUCCUGCUUCAUGCGCGUCAGCCUUCUGCCCGACGAGCAGAUCGUGGGCAUUUCUCGGAUCCAGAGGAAUGCCUACUCCAUCUACUUCGAUGAGAAGUUCUCCAUUCCCCUGGAUCCCACAGCCCUGGAGGAGAAGAGCCUGCGGUUUUCUGUGUUUGGCAUUGAUGAGGACGAGCGGAACGUCAGCACGGGGGUGGUGGAGCUGAAGCUCUCUGUGCUCGACCUUCCGCUGCAGCCCUUCAGCGGCUGGCUCUACUUACAGGACCAGAACAAGGCCGCCGACGCUGUCGGGGAGAUCCUGCUGUCCCUCAGCUACCUCCCCACAGCCGAGCGCCUCACCGUGGUCGUGGUGAAGGCCAAGAAUCUCAUCUGGACCAAUGACAAGACCACAGCGGACCCCUUCGUCAAGGUGUACCUGCUGCAAGACGGGAGGAAGAUGAGCAAGAAGAAGACGGCCGUGAAGAGGGACGACCCCAACCCCGUCUUCAACGAAGCCAUGAUCUUCUCAGUGCCAGCCAUUGUGCUCCAGGACCUCUCUCUCCGCGUGACAGUGGCUGAGAGCAGCAGUGACGGCCAUGGGGACAACGUGGGCCACGUCAUCAUCGGGCCAUCAGCCAGUGGCAUGGGCACCACACACUGGAACCAGAUGCUGGCCACACUGCGCAGGCCGGUGUCCAUGUGGCACCCUGUCCGGCGAAACUAGCAGCCAAGCUGGGCCAAAUGGGCAGUGGAGCCGCUGGAGCCUGGCGCAAACUCAACUCUGUCCAGUGUGCUCUUCAUAGCGCAGCAGGAACCAUGACACUGGGGUCCCCCAUGGAGUCCCUAUGAACCAUCCUGGUCCCUCUGUCCAGACUUCAGUGGAAGAACAGGGGUGGCUGUGUCCAUGGGUCCAGGGUGCUCUCCCACAGAGGACCAGCUGUGGCUGGGCCAGGACUUAGGGAGGACCACUGGGCACUGGCCAAUUGUGCCCCCUCUUAAGAUCCUCAACAGGUCUGUCCCUAGGUCUGGCAGGGGGACUCGGCCUCUCAGAGCCAGUGAGCUCCCCCCACCCCACUCCUCCUGGUAGGCUAGCUGCCAAGCAGGGCCAUGCACUGAAACCCAGUGAGUUUUGGGGGCCAGGGAUAACACACACAAAACAUGGCCCCUGGGACAUCAGGAAGACAGGGUGCCUUGGCCCCAGGUGAUCUGCUGAAUGUUGGCCCAGCUGGGUGGCUCUGGGGCAGGGGGACCAGGGAGUGCCUUUUGGACAAGGUAGGUGCUAAGCUUUGGUUGCAGAACUGAGAGUGGCCCAGGCAGGGGCCCAGCCUAAGCAAUGGCCAGGAUGCGACAUUUCCCGUCAUGAACGCAUUGCAGACAAGGGGCUCCCUCUGCGUGGAGAAGAGACCAAGAGACCAGGCCCAGCAGAAGCCUGCGGGCCCACAUGGGACACAGCCUCUGGAGUUAUUCUCUAUGAAACCUACUCCCUUACCUCAGCCAUUGCAAGGUCCUUGUGACCAGUCCCAUGCAAUUAAGGCACUGGCUCCACAGCAUUGGCUGAUGUCUCUCCAGCUCGAGCCCUGCUGGGAAGCAGAUAACACAGGUGGGCCUCAGCUAGUGGGGGCUGGUGGGGCAGACAGAAUAUUGACAGCAUAGGUGUAGGCUGCAGGCAUCCGGGAAGGUGUGAGGGACAAGGAGGCCUUGUGCUGGACCUGGGAGCAGUGGCAGUGGGGAGGGACAGUGCAUGCGGCUGCAGCAUGAAGGAAAGUCAGGGGAGUCAGGAGGGUGGCUUGAGGGACAGCUGGAGAAGUGUGAUUGCCACACUGGAAAGGAGGUGGCUCUGGAGCAGGGCUCCAACCCCCAGGACGCUGGGUGUCCUUGGUUGAGUUCCCCAGAAGCAAAUGCUGAGAAAGAGAUUUUUGGCAAGGCGCUUAUUGGGGGAGUGAUCUCAGAAACUUGCCAGGCAGAGCAAAGGGGGGGCCAGGGAAGAAGCCCAGCAAACUGCAGCCUCAGCCUGACCACCAGGGGGAGCUCUGGAGUGUGCAAGGCACCCCGGGGAUCCCACCCAAAAACAAAGGGGCUGGGCCACCCCCAUAUGAGUCAGUCUUUGGCUCCCAUGCCAGCCCAGUUGGAGUGAGGGUGUCACUGGCUGACGCCGCUAUCAUCCACCAAAGGCAGUCCCAGAGAAGUGUUGAUGGGUGGGUGCACCUGCCUGGUCACAGGGACUGCAGAGCAGGCAGCAGCAGCAUCUGCUCUGCAGGGCCACCCACUGGAACGAGCAAGAACUCUCGGGCUAGCUGCCCCUGUUCCCUGGCCCUGGUGAGCUACGGAGACCCAGGUCCAACCAGUUAUCCCCAAUGACAUGGAGAUGGGGAGGGUGGCUAGAACAGGGGCCCAGGGUGGUCAUGGGACUGGAGGCAGGACUGUGGCACUCCCCACCUGACACAGCCAUGGCCCAGCCCUGAGGCCAGGCUGUCUACCCUGUGACCAGCACCAGGAGGUCAGCCCAGGGUUGGGGGACACGCAUGGCUGGGCGGGCCUUUGCAGCCUGGGAAGCCCUUUCUAAGCCAGUGGCUAUGCAGAGCAGGCCAUUCACUCCCACCUUCCCUUUCCCCUCUUUCUCUCCCUCUAACUGCAUGAAAUGUUGACUGUGUACCCAGGAUGGCCGUGGUGGGGACCGAGUAUGCUGUUUGGAAUGAUUCUAGAACCAAAAUAAAGCUUGGGCAGGAAGAGGGGGCUUCCAGGGAGCCCUGCUCAGCCCCAAAUCA